UGCUUUUGAAGUGAGUCUUAUUUCACAUGGGGUAGCUUAGAGAUAUCAACCACUUUCGUUAAUGCUGGAUACAGGAGCUGAUCUAUUGACAGGGCUGGCGACAGGAGAAAGCAAAGGUUAAAAACCGAGAAAACAGCCUUUAAGGAGACGAAAACAACAUUUGAAUCCAUCGAGCUACUACCACUCAUUUCUUUCCGGGAUUUGUUUUUCCUGAAGAGUCUUAUGUAGCGGCGGACUUUUAAGAAGCGAUCCCAAGUGGACGGAACAAACUUUGUUCGUACAUUUGAAAGGUGCGUUGGCUGCGCCUUUGGUUGCAAAAAGGGAUACAUUUCCAGCUGCGUGGUGAACUGACAAUAAAGUAAGUGAACACAGCAAAUUAUGCUUAAUUUGACAAGCAUUUUUUAAACGUCAAUCAAACUAUUCCCUCGUGUCUCUCGAAGUAAAUCAAAUUAAUGUCAAGUGCCAAAGCACAUCCUUAUAUGUUGUAGAGAACUGGUGUGUCCCAUACUGGGAGCAGAAAACCACCUACGGGAAAAACGACAAGACUGUUGGAAGAUUUUGUAUCUUAUCAGGUGAAAGUGCCUUCUAUAUCGAAAUGUCUAAGCCCAUGGAUCAUGUAAAGCGCCCCAUGAAUGCUUUUAUGGUGUGGUCGAGAGCCCAGCGAAGGAAAAUGGCUCAGGAGAAUCCGAAAAUGCACAACUCAGAAAUAAGCAAAAGAUUAGGAGCGGAGUGGAAACUUCUCACCGAAUCAGAAAAAAGACCCUUUAUUGACGAGGCAAAGCGACUGAGGGCUAUGCACAUGAAGGAGCACCCCGAUUAUAAAUACAGACCCAGGCGGAAGCCAAAGACUUUAAUGAAGAAAGACAAGUUCGCCUUCCCAGUUCCAUACAGCCUGGGAGAUCAUGAAGGGUUAAAGGCGAGCGGUUUAUCUGGAGGAGCGCUUUCCGAGUCCUUGAUUGCAAACCCGGAUAAAGCAGCAGCGGCGGCUGCCGCAGCAGCUGCAAGAGUUUUCUUCAACCCCUCCGCGUCAACGAAUCCAUACUCAUUUUUCGACUUGGGUUCGAAAAUGGCAGAAAUCUCCCCACCUUCCUUUCCUUACGCCUCUCCACUUGGCUACCCUAGUGGGACAACUGCUUUCUCCGGAACAGGGGCUGUCGGAAGUGGGACUCACACUCACACUCACUCUCACCCUUCUCCGGGCAACCCUGGCUACAUGAUUCCCUGCAACUGUACCGGCUGGCCCUCGGCGGGUCUGCAGCCGCCCCUAGCUUACAUCUUAUUGCCAGGAAUGGGCAAACCGCAGCUUGAACCUUAUCCUGCUUAUGCGGCUGCAUUAUGACAUCUUGAACUAGAGAAAAGUGUAAAUGUGUAAAGACAAUGAGUGAGAGUUUAUGAAAUGCAUGUACAAAUUUAUACAUGUGAUAACAGUCCACGUCGUCUCAAAUAUCACAUGUGUAUGUAAAUAAAUUAAUGCCUUUAUAAAAGGUACUUCUUAUUUAGAGAACAGUGAAGACCAUGUUAUACAGCCACCACUUGUCAAAGCCCCGAGGGAAUGAGCAAUUGAUGGUUUAAGUAAAGGACUAUUGUAUAUGCAUUUACAAUAUUGAUUUUUGGACAGAAGAGGGCAGGAUCGGAAGUAAUUGCUGUUGCAUACAUGCAAAUAUUUUAACAAGGGGGUAACUUAUUUGAUUACAACCUGUUGCAAAUACACCUGCUAAAUGUCUCUCACAAGAAACAGUAGCCGACGGUGACAGGCGCAAACUUAAAAUUCACGUUGACUGAAAAUGAUUGUUUUAUUUUACAGUCUGAAAUCAAGGUUUGGUGUUAGAGAGAGACUAGCCAAUUAUUUAUAAACAACAUGCUUUAUAUGUGCAUUUACACUGAAUAUUACAUGGAUUUCGAACAAGGUGACUCAGACCAUCUCAAGCCAGAGUGUUGACAUGUUUAUUUCCGUGUUUCCAAAUAGAACAAAACGUGUAAAUUUGUACAGAGAAAGGAACUGGUCGGUAGAAGACACAGGUAGAUUAAAAGAUUACUGCAAAAAGUUCGAAUUGGCUGGUUUAGCAAUCCAAAAUAUUUGCAGAUUUCUAAUAUUAUUUUAUAGCUAUCUGUAAUAUUUAUUGUUUAGUUAAACAUUACAGUGACUCAAUUUGAUUAGAGGACUUGAAAAGUGUCCUGUAACAUUUGCACACAACAUAUGAAGUGCUUAUAGGUUGUAACGUUUAACAAAUCUUUAUUUUAAAAGAAAUUAUGACUAUUUCUCUACUUAAUUUCAACUAAAAGUGAUACGCAUUUGAACCCAAAGGCUUCAUCAGCUGCAAUUUAGAAUACUCUAAAAUGUGUAUAUUUAGACUGAUGCGUGUAAAUGAAAGUUAUUAAUUGUAUAUGUAGUUCACUGGCGUUUAUGUGAUAUAAAAGGGAAAAUAUUUUCUCGUUUUUACUAACACUUCUGAAGUCGAUGGUUUGUUUUGUGUUUUAUUUAACAUCUCUUACAUUUCUGUAAAUUAGAAAUUUAAUGCUAUUCUGUUCAUUUGUUGAACGAAGGGUGUAAUAAAGCGUAAUGCGGAGAAAUAGAAAAAAGCGCUCUGUAGUUCUUGUUGAAUUGCUAACAAGAUUUUUAUCUGAACUGCCCUUACGUGCUUAGUCCAGGUGAAGUGUAAGGUAUCCUCCAAAGGCCGCUUUUGUUCAAGCUUUGAAUAGAAUUACCCUGAAAUCU